AUUAAAACCAGGGCCACGUCGCAUGCGCAUGCGUUGAGAAACAACACCCGGAAUUUCCGGGCGACACGACGACAACAGAGAGAAACAAAGUUCUCAUCUGUAGUCCUUUACUAAGUAAAAAACCAAACAAUGGACUAUUUUAGAAAAGUGCUUGGAGCUCCCCAAGAUGUGCAAACAACCAGUGGGGCAGAAACGGUAUGGUCUAAUAGUUCAUGCUUGCCCCCUCCCAACUCAAUUGCAAUAAUUUUAUAGUCUGUUUUUGAAAGGUGCACUGGCACUACCAGUACCAACCAACAACUACAACUCUUAACUUAUUCAUUACACUAGGACUAGGAACAAGUCAAGGGAAACUAAAACUAACUUAUUUUAUGAAGUUAAGUUUGUUACUUUCAUCAUUUCUAUCAUUUGUUACUUAAUCAUUUUUAGUAAGAAACUUUUUGUUUAAACAGGGAAAGGGCCAGGCUCCUACUCACUCAUACUUAACAAGAAAUAUAAUUAAUUUUUAACCAGUAAAUUGAUUAAGGCCCUAAAGACCCUAGGAUGUAAAAAAUUAAUUAUCAAGAUAUCCUUGGCUUAUGAGUUGUAUAGGACUACAAUGAGGGCCCAAAACUAGGUAUUAUAACAACUUAAGUUAAGCCUUGGGAUUGUCUUAUACCUGAUAUAAUUAUAAUAAUUUAGGAUGAGAAUGUAGGAAAUUAAAGGGAAUAAUUCUUACUCUGCACAAAACUUUCCUCGUUAGGUGUCAAUUUAAAUAUUCAGGCUUGGAUACUGAACUUUUUAACAAAUCGACCACAAUAUGUCAAAGUAAAUAACCAAGUAUCUCUAACUCUAACCAGAGAAAUAAGCACCGGGGCACCACAAGUCACAAUAAUGGCAGCGCCCAUGGAUACAUUGUUUUUGUUAUAUUUUAGUAAUUUUUAUCGAUUUAUAGAGGUGACGAAAAUACAAAAAUGGCUAUUCCAAAGGACUCAAACUAGUGUAGGUAUGUGAUAAUUUAAAUGAUUCUAAGGAUUCAUAUUGGGAACAAACUAUUUUAAGGCUUGGGCUUCUUUGUUGGAUAUUUUAAUAAAAAUAUGUUUGUAUAUGCCUAUGGUUUGAGCUGAAUGUUAAUCUACUAGAUUUGGUACAAUCUUGACAAGCAAGAAAAUCUUUAAUAUGAAGUCUAUUAAGAAAAUAGAAAUAGUUACAACAUGAUAAGAAUAGACAUAGAGAAAUGUUCAUAAGGAAAUUUAAGCAUGGGUAGAGAUUGUAUUACAGCAAUAUAUAUUCAAAUAAAAUUAGUCAUCUAAGUUGGGAUAUGCAUAUAUGCAAACCUGGGGAUAAAAAAAACAACUGUACAACAGCAUUAAAACCUUUUCAGAAAAAAAUAAAAAUUUUAAAAAAGUAUAAUUUACAAAUUUUUCAUAAUUUUUGAAUGCAUGAAUAAAAAAUAAAAAGUCUCCUCUUUGUAUAGGUUAGCAUGUAUGGGGUAUUAUUAAAUUUGAUAAUUUAUUGUCAUAACAAAGCUGAAAGCUUACAUUUUAUCUACAUUUUCUUUAACAACAAAUGCCAGUAUAUAUAUAUUUUUCAUUCAUUAAGAAUUUAAUGUUAUUUUUAUUAUAAUCAAUCAAUCAUAGAUGAACAUUUAAGAUAAAGUAAAAUUCUUUUAUUGAUCCAAAUGAAUGGAAAUGUUUUUUGAUUGAUGUGUGCAUGUUCAUUUUCAACACAUAAAGAAAUAUAUAACCAAGACAACAUUUUACAAUUAUAACAAUUUAAACCCUAGACAUCUAAAGUAUUUGUUUGGCAUCGUAAUCUGGCAUCAAUGAACUCUUAUAGUGACAAUAAUGAGUUAAUUAGUGAUAGAUAAAACUUAAAUUUGGUAAAUGGAAAUUUAUCAAAUUUUUAAUACAGAUAAUAGUCACCAAUUUUGAGUCAGUUUAACAGAGAAUGGGAAUUUUUUAAUCACUUAGCAUAAACUAAAAUGUGAUCCUAGUAUAUUAGAUUGUUUUUGUUCCUGGCAAUUACCACUUUACAUAUUUAAUAUCUUUACAUUUUUACACAAAUUUGUAUUAUGUUGCUCUUUAGAUUGAACGGUUAUGUGAACGUGUUUCUUCAUCAACUUUAUUGGAUGAUCGCAGAGAUGCUGUAAGAGCACUGAAAGCACUAUCUAAAGUAAGAUUUUAAAAUGUUCUCAAUUACGUUUUAACCUUUGGGUUACAUAUAACUGAUACAGUACAAAUCAUACAUUUUCCUGCCAACCUAUAAGAUGUACCAAGCAUGUAAUAUUUUAUAAGCACCAAUGUAUCUUUUAUGUUAAUGAGUACAAGAAAAAUUGGUUGGCAUAAUCAGAUUCAGAUUAACAUAUCUGGCUGAUAAGAGGGAAGGGUUUUAGAUUUUAAUUUGUGUAUAUUUUAAUAUAUCCCAAAUACAAUGCAUGGCUAAAGUUAAAAUGGUUACUUUUAAAAUGCUUCUUUGUUACGCAUAGUAAUAGAUCGUCAUGUGUAUAUCUACUCUAUAUAUUAUAUAUAUACAUUUUUAAAGCCUUUAUCAUCAGCAGUUAUUUUUUAUUUUAUUUGCACUAAAAAUGUUUUACUUUACUAACACUAAGUAUUUUUUUUCCAUAAAGAAAUUUAGAUUGGAAGUUGGAACCCAGGCGAUGGAUAUUCUGCUGAAUGUCCUAGAGCAAGAUAGGUGUGGAUUUAAUUUGCAUUAUUGUUCCUUUUAAAAAAAGAUUACUUACAAUUUUCAGAUUUAACAGAUAAAGAAAUAAUUAGUCUUUGUUUGAAAACAUGAAAAUUAUGUAAUUUGUAGCCAUACAUUUGCUAACAGUUUUUAAGAGUAUAUUUAACUUUGAUUCUUUUAAUUUUAUUGCAGGGGUGAUAGUGAAAUAAUUGGAUAUACAUUAGAUACUCUCUAUCAUGUCAUGUCUAAUGAACCAACAGAUGAAGGUACAUAUCAAUACUGGAGUUAUUUAGUGCUAGUCUUACCCAUUUAACUGAAUGAUAAAUGAUGUAUUAUCUUAAUUUCCUGCUUUAAGAAAUUUACAGAGAAUUUAAAAGUGUCUAUUGUGAAAACUUUUACUAUGUUAUGUGAGUUACUUUCUGUUAAUUUUGUCAGAUGACAUAGGCAAUAUGGCAGGGACUGACUUAGGUGGUCAGUUCACAGAGAUAUUCAUCAAGCAUGCUGAAAAUGUCCAUUUGCUCCUGACGUUUUUGGAGGUGAACUCAAUUCUUACUUUAAUGAUAACAAUUUAUAUAAAGUGUAGCUGAAGAAAUUUGUUACAAAAUUUUAUGACUUCAUUAAAAAAAAUUGAAAGAACUGAUUAUUGUGCAUUAAUUUAAAUUAUUUGGUAUAUGUUAUCAUGGGCUACUACUCAUCCUUUACUGUCUUUGUAUCAAAACUUAUUUACCUUUUAUUCAUCAAGAAAUAUAAAACAUGUAUUUUUAAUCUUAUAUUUUUUAAAGGAGGUAGAUUGGUUUAAAAUCUUCCCCCAAUAUUAAACUCUUCUUCUUCUAUUUGCCUUUUCAACUCACAGUGGAGCCAUUAACAAUUUCUUUCCAAUCCUUCCGGUCUCUAGCUAUCCUCUUUAACUCAUUCAAACUCAAUCUUCAGGAGUAUGAUUUUCAUGUGAGAUGGCCCACGGUCAAGCUGCUUACAGUUCUCCUUACUAACAGACAGAAGGAACUUCAAGAGAUUAUUCUUGUUGUUCCCAUGGGUGUUUCAAGACUUAUGGAUUUGUUGUCUGACAGCAGAGAAAUCAUUCGAAAUGAUGUGAGUUUAAGCUUGUUGUUUCAGUAACUUCAGUUUAAGAUUAAGAAAUUUAAAAUCUCUAAAUAUUUUACAUUUAAUAAAGAAAAUCUGUUUUAUUCAGUUGAUCUGUGCACAUGACAUACAAAACUAAGUCAUUACCAGCUGAAUAAAAAAAAAUUAAAAAACCUCUUACUUUAUUUAUUAGGCAUUGCUUUUGCUGAACCAACUUACAAAAGGGCAUGCCAACAUACAAAAGAUAGUGGCAUUUGAUAAUGCAUUUGAGAGGAUUAUUGAUAUUGUUAGAGAUGAAGGGGCUACAGAUGGAGGUAAGAGAACUUAAGCUUUAAAAUACUUAAAUAAAGUUGUACAGUCAAUUGUUGUUGAUUUAAAAUUAUUUUCAUAACAAUAUGUCAUUAUGCUUAUUUUUCUUAAAUUGUAAUAAUGUUAUCUUAAACAAAAGUUUAGUCAUAAAAUGACAUAAUGCAAUAAGAUGUGAAUAUUUGUUCUCAGGCAUUGUUGUAGAGGAUUGUUUAUUACUUCUUCAAAAUCUGCUGAGGAAUAAUGCAUCAAAUCAGAAUUUUUUCAAAGAAGGCAGCUAUAUCCAGAAAUUGAAGCCAUUCUUUCAUCUUGAUGAUGAUCCUCAUUCUAAACAGGCAGGAUGGUCAGCCCAGAAGGUCACAAAUAUGCAUCUUUUGUUACAGGUAAAAGUUCUAUCUUUUUCUCUCCCACAACACAUGUGAAUGAAAUUUAAACAAGAAAAUUUAGCAAAAAAUUUGCUUAAAAUUUUUUAAAAAAGUUCCAUAAGAGAUGAUUGAUGGAAUGUAUUGUUAGAUAUAUAUAUUUAUUUUCAAGCUUGUGCAUGUUUGUAUUUCACAGCUUGUUCGUACACUUGUGUCUCCAAAUAACCCACAAAACCAGACUGUGGCUUGCCAGAAAGUUAUGAACCAGUGUGGUAUGUAAGAUUAAUUAAACUUCAGUAUCAAAACAGUUCAUGUAUCAGUAAAAUUUCUCUUUAAAAUAAUCAAAUAAUUUUUUUUGUGCUUUUAUAAAAAUACAAUUUUUAUUGUCCAAUUUUCAUUGUCCAUAUUAUUAUUAAUUUGUUUGUCUGCAUGCCAUAUUAUGGAGCUGUAUUAAUUUAAUUUCCUUUUCAAUUGCAUAAAAUCAUGUUAAAUAUUUUCUGUAACCAUUGAGUCCACACCUUUUUCUCUCUCUUUGACUAUUAAUAUUAACCUCCCUUCAUCAAGGUUUAUUACAGGACUUGUGUUCAAUAUUAAUGGCAAGUGGUGUUCCUGCAGAUGUCUUAACAGAGGUGAGGAAAUUAAGAAGAAAUGUUUUUAUAUAAUCAUACAUAUUCUUUAAUUUUUUUUCAAAAGUACAGGACAUCUUAUAAAUGAGAAAAUAAAUUGACCUUCCUGUCAUGAAGUUGGGGAGGACUUAAACAGUUCAUUUAAAAACUAUUUACAUAACAUUAUUUUUGUUGCUAUAUGCAAGUUUCAUGCUAGAUUAGUAACCUAUGCAAAAAUUACUAUUAAACUGCACCGUUUAGUGAGGAGCUGUCACUUUACAAAUAGUAAUUGAAAGACUUGUAAAUUGAGAAUAAGGGAAAUGGACUUUAUUCCCAUAGUUUGCAGUUGUUAAAUGUUAACUCAAUUUGUUUAUAAUAAGUAUUUAGUCUUAAUGUAACUCAAGUUGUUGUUCCUAUGUACUCUUGAAAAUACCUGAUGAAGAGGAUGUGUUUUACAUUUAGACCAUCAACACUGUGUCAGAAGUCAUCAGAGGGAGCCAGAUAAAUCAAGAAUACUUUGCAUCUGUAUUAGCACCUUCCACACCACCCAGGUAUUGAACAUUGCUAGCUUCAGAUUAAUUUUGGAGUUGUAGUUUCAUGAUUAUUGUCAGUGUACAUUUUUUAGUCAAAUUUGUAACACAUGUGGGUUUCAUGAUAUUUGAGUCCAUGAGUAUUUGAUGGCUUAAAAAAAUGAAUAUGGACUGUAACUUUUAACAUCCAAAUUAAAAUUUUAAAGGAUAUGCAAAUCAUUUGUUAAAAUUGUAUAAUUUUAAAUCUAUAAAGGAUUUUUAAAGAUAGUUUCCAAAUAUUUUAUUAAAAAAUUUACAUUCCUAUCAACACAGACCAGCCAUUGUCGUUUUGCUGAUGUCUAUGGUAAAUGAAAAGCAACCGUUUGUGUUGAGAUGUGCAGUUCUCUAUUGCUUUCAGUCUUUUCUUUAUAAGAAUGAAGUUGGCCAGUCCCAGAUCAUACAAACUCUUCUACCCACUGCUGCUGAUGGUAAAUAUGAGACACAUUAAGAUUAAAAUAUGUAAAAAAUAUAUUUAAAAAUAUGUAUCCUGGAUAUUAAUCAAUGUAAUGUCCAUGCAAUUUUAAAAAAUUCUUGAACCAUUCGCAUAUAUAUAUAUAUAUAAAUUAUCAUUUUACAUGAUGGUCAAAUAAUCAUUUUAGCGUCAUAUAUACAUGUUGUUUUUUUUGCCCUUGUCUGACAGUAGAGUACAAAGAAUAGUCAUAUAUUAAAUUUUAGUUGAGCCAUCUCCUUCUCUGGGGCUGACAGAAAAACAUUGGUAUUAAUUAUAUUUCAUGGAAUCAUUACAAGUUCUUCAUGUUUUUUCUGUGAAUGUCAUAGCUUUCAAAACAUUUUUUUUCUCAAAUGACAGCCCACUCAAUCACAGCAGGCCAACUUUUAUGUGGAGGUCUCUUCAGCUCUGAUCCCCUGUCCAACUGGUUUGCUGCAGUAGCCUUGCUCCAUGCCAUAGUUGAAAAUUCUACCCAGAAGGAACAGCUUCUACGAGUUCAGCUUGCUACUAGUCUAGGCAGUCCUCCAGUCUCACUCCUCCAGCAAUGUUGUAAUAUGUUGUCACAGGUAGUAGAUAUUUGGAACCUGCGUACAAAUCUUAAGUCUUAAUUUUUUACAUUUUAGCCAAGAAGUCUUGACGUGGAUCAUUGUUAUUUUGAAUUGUCCAAAAGCUAAAUAAUAAUUUAAUGUGCCAAAUACACUGCAGUCUUUCAAAAAUAAGUUGAAAACACAUCUUUUUCGCACUCACCUGCUGGGCUAAUUUAGUCUACCUCCUUGUUUCCAGCUUGCUCAUAUUCCUCGAUGUAGAUUUUGCAUUGUUGCCUUUGUAUUUUAUUUGUGGAAAAAUAUAAAUUGUCAUAUAUGGUUGACUUUGUACCGCGCUUCGAGCCUUACUUAUGGAUGAAGCAUGCUUUUGAAAGGAACUUUAUUAUUAUUAUUAAAUAUUCUGAUCCAUGUUCCAUUAAUUCUUUGGUGUUAUUUUAUCACAGGGUGGAAAGCUACAAACAAGGAUAGGUCUCUUAAUGAUUCUGUGUGGUUGGCUAGCUGACUGCCCCAUAGCUGUUUCACAUUUUCUUAGCAAUACUGCCAAUGUACCUUAUGUAUCCUUUUUAAUCAAACAAUCAGGAAUACAGUCAUACCCCUGCAUUAUGUAUUCUCUAAUUUUACUCAAGUGUAAUUUAAAUUCCAUUUCAAACAAUACCAGACGUGUUUACUCUUACGAUUUUGGCGUACAAUGUACGAUUUUGAGGUGUAUACAUUAUGUAUACUGUAUGUUUAUUUUUUACUAUUAAGAUAAUGUAUUGAACAAUUUUGUGAUGAUAUUGUACGAUUUUAAGAGUUUGAGGGUAAACAGGUCUGCAAUACUUUUAAAAAAAUUUUAAGAGCUUUAUUUUCUAAAAAUGUGUAAAAGGUAUUUUGUUCUAAAAUUAAAAAUUUUUUGUUGAGAUCAAUAACAAAAUUUUAUAAUGCAUCAAGAAAGGCAGACUGUGUAGAUAAUUGCAAGUCAUUGAAUUGAAAGCUAAAGUAGAUAAACCAAAAGAUUUUUUCUUGACCAGACUUUUCAGCUGAUUUCUCAAGUUUCUGCCAGUGAAGGGGAUGAACAUGAGGCCAUUGUUCAAGGGUUGUGUGCAUUUUUGCUAGGCAUCUGUAUGUUGUACAAUGAUGACACAAGUGAGGCUUUUACUAAGUAAGUUUAAGUUGGAUGUUGUACAAUGAUGAUACAAGUGAGGCUUUUACUAAGUAAGUUUAAGUUGUAUGUUGUACAAUGAUGACACAAGUGAGGCUUUUACUAAGUAAGUUUAAGUUGCAUGUUGUACAAUGAUGAUACAAGUGAGGCUUUUACUAAGUAAGUUUAAGUGACCUAUUUUAAAUUAAAUUUUCUAAUCAAUAUACAACUAAUUAAACAAAUUUACAAUAAAACAUUUUAAUUGGCAGGCCCCUUGGGUCAAGAUUAAUUAGUUAUCUUUGUAAAUUGAAGGAUUAGGUUAGUGAAAUAGUAAAAAAAAAAAAAAAAAAGUAUGUUGAAGCUUUAAUCAAAAGACAUGACAAUAAGAAGUGAACGCUUUGGGUUAGAGCCUUCUUCAGGGAACUGGACAAAUAGGUUAGACAUGUUUUUAGUAGCUUUUGAGUUUGAAAAAAUGAAGAAUACUUUAAUAGUAACAUUGCAGUUAGCAAUAUCUUUUAUAAAUUUUUUGCACCAGCUCUGUCUUAAUUUUAUUUAAUGUAUACCACACAAAUAAUGGAUAAAUUACCAGAAAUCCCUGUUCACGUUUGUUUCCAUAUCUAUUUUCAGUUUGAGCAUGACAACUUGAAAUGAUACCUUUUCUGUCUGUGCUCUUGAUGACCUAUGAUUAUUUGUGCAACUUCAUAUUCUUAACACUUACACAAUGAGCAAGGGGUUUUAAAUGACAUACUAAUAGGGCUUGAUAAAUAAACCUAAGAUGCCUUUAAAAUAUAUUUUUUUUAAUAGCUAACAGAUUUCUGGCAAUGCUAUUUAAAUACUCAUUAAGCCUAAAUUUAAAACAAACCUUUCUGUAGUGGUUUUAUAUUGUCAAGAACUGUUCAUUAAUUUCAGGACUGCACUAAAACAGAUCAUUCAGAACCGCAUAGGGCUGGAAUCAUUUACAGACAAGCUUACCCAAGUUGCACAAAAUGAAAACUACACAAGGGCAGCUAAGAAACCUCACCUGUAUCACAAACAUCCAAGUGAGAUUGUCUUUGACUAUGAGUUUACCAGGCUGUUCAAAAGUUUAGAAAGUAAGUGCAUAUAUUUUAAUUUCAUGAAAAUUCAGGUGGAGAAGUAUGCAAUUUCUUACCUCCUUGAAAUAGUCUUCUGAGACCUAAACUAAUUUCCCAGCCAUUCUUAUGUGUACUUUGUUAAGCUGAGUAAUGUCACAUACUUAACCUUUAUCUUCUGUUAGUAUGCAUUUUUUACACAAUGCUUUCCUCAAAACCUUCAUUUCUACUGAAACCCAAUCAAGGGAAUCCAAUCAGGUGAUGAACCCACUGGUCGACCAUUGACUUCUCUGUUAAUGUUCAUUAGGAGGAAUGAAUAAAAUAAAAAUCAUUAGUUAAAGAAUUGUUCCUUUUACAUAAAAGGGCCUCAUUGACAAGCACAAAAUUUAAAAGAUGUGUUAAAUAUAUCAGCCAUUUGUGCUUUGAACUAAAUGAAUCUGUGACUUAAUAAAUACAUUUUUAACCUGUAAUUCCAAUCUACCAACAGAUGAGGUACUGAAAGCAGUAUCUGGAACCGGCAGCAGUAUAAAUGGGAGAAAAGGAGGUGGGCCAAGUACAGAGCAGUAUAAACAUCUAUUGAAGGACCAGGAGGACCAAUUAAUAUUGUUGAGACAGAGAGUAGAGGAGCUGCAGAAUCAUACAAUUGAUGCUGAUAGGAGCAUAGUGGAGCUGCGGAGCCAAGUGCAACAGUUAAAAGAUCAGAAUGCUUUACUAAAAGCACAAAAAGGUAGCAAACAGAGAAAUCAUUAUUGAAUUUAUUGUGAUUAUAAUAACUUGGCUGUUGUUACAAAUUAAUGACAUUUUUAAAAACAGAUAGGACACUGAUCAUGAGGUAUAUAAAAUUAAAGAAAAAUUUCAUCCAUUGUAACUUUUAAAAACAUUCACUCUUAAGAACGAUGAUCCUGUGAAGCCCUUGGUGCUUUUGAUAUGAUAGAUUUUUGAAAAAUAUUUACUAAGAGUUUAAGGAAUGUGAUUUAGUGUGAACUUAAUGAACCACAAGUGUGAAGUGUUUUAAAUUGUUCAGUUUUUCAAAAAUAAUUUUUCAACAAUAGGAAGCCACAGUAGUCCGCCUUUGCCACAACCAGCAGUGUCCAAUUUCUCAGCAGAAGAAGUGGAAAGCUUACGACGGGAAGUUGAAAUUCUAAAACUGCAAUUACAGGAAACAAAUAAUCAGCUGUUGAACUCAGUGAGUUUUCAUUAACUCCAGUGUUUUGUGUAUCAUGGUUUUAAAAUCAAUUAACAUUUUUAUGGUAGUUAUGCAAGAGGAAAUAUAAUCCAUUUUGUAAAAGUAAAUGUUUUCAAACAUAAUGUACUAAAUGGUUUUGCCUUAACUAAAAUGAAACUGAAUUUUACUGAAAAAUAAUAUUUUAUAACAAUGUGACAAUAUUCCCAAUAAUAAUUACUCUCUAAUGUCCCUGUUUUUGUUUUACAACUCCAGAACCUUGACGGAGAUGAGAACAAAGAAAAUAACCCUGAUAGUGCAGCAGUCCUGCAAGCAUCCCUGGCAAGACAACAAGGAGAAUUAAAAAACAAAGAUGAAGAGAUUAUAAAUUUGCAACUUGAACUAGAGAAAGUCAAUAUACUUUUAAAACAAGUAAAUAACUUCCUUUAAAUAUUAGAGUAAUUCCUUAUAUUAGAAGAUGAUGACUAUUCAUAACCAAUACAGUUGUAAUCUUUGUUUGACAAGCCAAGUAAAUUUCUUAAUUAUGUCAAAUAAGAACAAGCUCGUAUCUGUUGUUUAUUUUUAUAGAAAAGCUCAGAGCCCACAGACAGUGUCGGACCUGACACAACUUCAGAGGCUGAGACUAGGCUGCAGGCAACUGAAGAAAAGUUGCAUUCUGUUACAGAAGAAAAACAGAGCCUGCAAGAGAGACUAAAGAAGUCCAAUGAAGAAAAUUUAAAGCUAGCAAACACGAUCAGGGUACUUUUUUUCUGUCUCUGUCAUUGUGAAGUUUUAAAUUUAAGAUUUUAGUAUUAUCUUACAAAAUUUUACAAUUUUAAUGUCCUGUUUACUGCCCUAGGUUAUGGAAGAUGAAAAGUUGGCAGCAGAAGAGGAAAAGAAGACUCUAAAAGAAGAUUUGGAAACGCUCAGGAAAGAGCAAGAUGAUCUGCUGGUACUGUUGGCAGACCAGGAUACCAAGAUUGAUAAAUACAAAACUAAGCUUAAGGAACUUGGACAGGAGGUCUGUUUAAAAAUUAUUGAACUUAGAGUACACUAAAAUAGUGAAAAUUAUCUAGUUUGAGCUUAUUUGUUUUCUUAUAUAUAUUCAAAGGGAACUAAAACAUAUGUUAAUUUAGAUUUUUACCUGCCCUGACAAUGGAACCUACGUAGUUAAUGACAGAUGUCGGUGUUGCAGUCAUCCCAUCUUGCUAAACGUUUUACUUUAUUUAGGUACAGCAUGACAAAUGAUGAUACAUAUUCUUUCUUAUUUCUCUUAUAAGGUGGAGGAUGAUGAUGAUGAUGAUGAUGAUCUCGGGGAUGACAAUGAGGAUGAUUUAGAUGCCGACUGAUCACAUUGUAUCCAAGUUAAAUAUAGGUGAUAUAUACAAUUGAGUUUUUAUGUUGAAUGGUGAUAAGCUGUUGAAAUGAGUUGUCUGGAGUUGUAACUUAAUUUGCUAAAUUUUUUGAAAGUAAUGAUAAUAAAUAAAAAAAAUAAUAAAAACAAUAUUUGAUUGCCAGGAUAAUGUAGACAUGAUCAUUAUUUUAAAUACAUUUUGCAGAUCUCAUAGUUGAGUUAUAAGAUAAAUACAUGUAACAGAGCUUUAAAUACCACUAUUUUUCUAGUUUGGUAUGUAUUGCAUUUAGUAAAUCUAAACCAGAUCACAAAGCAUGCCAUUUAUAGGAAUUAAUUAAACACUAUUAGUUAAGCCAAUUGCUUGAUUUUUAAAGAAUUGGUUUGUUUUUUUUUCUUUUAGUUUUAGCAACUGAUUGCAGGCAAAAGUUAAUAAAAUACUCAUUCAUUACUUUGCCCGUUCUUUCCUUUUGUGCCAGUACUUUUUAAUGGCAAAUCUGGGACAAUUUUUUUUUGGUCAGAAACCCUUAUGGGCUGUUGUUUUUCAAUACUAUUUUCUGUCAGAUGCUGUCAUUUCACAUUGGAAACAAUUUUUAUCAUUGCUUUAUUUGAUGGCUUAUAGUGUAAUAAGAAUGAUUUUCACAAAUCAAAUUCAGUGAUGUUAACAUUAUAAUCAUAUGCAUCUUUAACUCAUGGCUGUUCAUAUUAUCGUGUUUUUUUACUUGUUGAUUUAGUUUAUUGCUAGGGGCUUACCUAGGCUGUAUGAAAUUGUAUUCUGCAAGGUUUUGGUUUCUUUUUGAAACUUUUCUGUUGUAUGAUGUGAAAAUUGUAAUUUGUGAUUUUGUGUUUGAACAUUUAUUUGAAAAGUUCUUAGUCUUAAUUAAUUUUCCUUUCAUCUGAACUUUGAUUUUUCCUGGAAAGAUGCUAACAAAACAGUGUAUUUUUUUUUUUUUUACCUGUGUUGCCUUUAUCUUGUCAAUUAAAACAUGUUUCAAAUGUUUUGAUCAUAAAUCUAUUGCAAAAACAGUUAUUGUUCAUAUAUUUUAACUACAUAACAGUGAAGACAUAGUCAGAUAACCCUCAAUUAGUAUCAAUCAUGUUCACCAAGUACCAUUUCACUUUUAAGACUAAAUAACUGGCAAAUUUAAAUGAACUAACGUUUCAUCAUUAGCUUAUUAUUUUUUUAUAAUAAAUUUAAUUGUUAAAAUCGGAGUAGAGAAACUUAUUAACACAUCCUGGAGUGAAAGAAACUAAAUGUUCAGAUCACCUGUAAAUGUAAAUAUAAUUAAAUUAUCAAGUAUUUCAUCUCAUGAGUUUGUUUUUUCAAUGAAUGCUUUACACAGGAUUAAAGCAUUUAGAAAUGUGUAACUUUAUGUAAAUAAAUUAUUGAGCUUGUAUCUGUGAUGAUUUUAUUAUUUCUUCCUAUCCUGUAUUUCUAAAAACAUUACAGUUGAAGCAAUUCGAGUGCUCAUUGAAUAAUUUAAAAUUGUUAUAUAAACAACAAUAUGUUCU